AUGAAGAGUGUUGAACAUGACAAUGACUCAGCCUCGCAAGGAAAUGAAGUAAAAGAUGAAGUUGUAAACCAGUACAUACUAAAUAAACUGAGCUUAAUUUUUGACAACAAUAUUAAGUCCAUAUCACAUGAUAAUAAUGAUGAUGAUAAAAACAAUGAAGAAGAAAGUGAAAGAGAAAAGUACAGGAAAGCAGACACCACCUCCAACAAUGACAUGAGCAGCACCACAGUACAAGCGGGGAAAAAUGAUCCACUAAGAAAAAAAAAUAGCUCAAUAAAUAUUAUCGAAAGAAAUAACACCAAUAUUUUGGAUGUGUGCAGUACGGGUAGCCUAUAUGGGGGGGUUAGCAACACAACGCCAGGGAUAGAACAGAACCCUUUGAGUGUUUCCAGUAUGAGCAUUAGCAAUGUGAACGAAAAGAAUAAUCUGAACAUUGUUGAUAUAAAUGACAUGCACGUUUUGGAAAAUAACGCCUUAAGUAAUUCACUAGAGAAAGACAUUUUAUUGCAUAAUGGUGGCCAGAUGAAGAGGGAAAAUACCCUCGAAAUUGCCAACAGCAUAAGUAUUAAUGACCUAUUCAAGCUAAACUCAGACGCUUAUCUUAACAUUGACAGCUCUCUGAAAAAAGGGAACCUGAGCGAAAUUUUAACAAGCGACAAUAACCUGAACAUGUACAGUCACUACAACAAUGGAAGCAGUAUAAGCAACAAUAUCGUUAAGAAAAAUGAACGAUGGAAGAGAUACAUUAAAUGCAUUGAACCAUUUUUAGAUGUUCAUACCAUUAUUAAUUUAAGUCAAACAUGUAAAUUCUUUUAUAAAAGGAAAUAUAAAGUAUGGAAUAAUAGGUUAAUAUUUAACAGCUAUCUAGGGUAUAACCCUAGGGUGCUCUACGAAUAUGUUUUUCCAAGAAUAUAUAAGCACAUUCACAGAUCGGUUAGGAGAAGACUUUGCCUAGAUUUCACCAUGUGUACUUUAAUAAAAGACAUAACCGUAGCGAAUGUACUAAACCAGAUUUACAAUUUUGAUUCGUUAAAUACGAAACAUUUGUUUAUAUAUAAUUUACAAGAAAUUUACUUCGAUUUUUGUCAUCACCUAACGGAUAAGACUUUAGAAGUUUUGGCGCAGACCAGAUUGCCAUCUUUGAAAACGCUAAGUAUAAAAUGUGUUCGAAACAAAUAUUUAACGUGCGCUCCCUUGACAAUUAUGUUGAGGAAGAAUAGGUGGCCAGUCUUUACCAAUUUUAUUUGUUCCUUUUCCAAUGCAUGGCUAGAGCCCAUUUUCAUUAUGGCUAAUUUUAUUAUCAAUCGAGCGAAUAAUCAGAAUCAUUUGAUUUAUCAUAAGUUGAAGAAUUUACGUAAGACCUUAGAGACGAUGAAGAAUUUCGACAACUCCAUCGUUUCUUCUUCUGCGCAUGAGGAUUGCAAUCGCAGAAUUAUUAACGACCGUAGCAGUUAUAAUUUUAUGAGUUUCCAAAGCUGUGUGGAUGGCAGUAGUAGCAUGGACAAGUUAAAUUUCCCAGACGACGCCUGUACCCAUGGGAAUAACCAUGCGGGCUGCACUGGUGUAUGUACCGUUGGGUACCCCAACGAGUGCACCAACACCUGUAGCAACAAUGUGUACAGCCGCAGCCGUGACCAGGAACGAGGCCCAAACACUAGCAGCAACAAAAAAUUAAAGUCCAUACUGCAUAGUGAAACAGAGUGCAGCAUCAGUCAAUCAGAAACGAAUAACAACUUUAGCCUUUUUAACAAUUUUUUCUACAAUACUAUAAGGCACUUUGGUUAUUCUUCGAAAAUGCAGCAUGGCUUGCCAUACCCAGACUAUAGCACUUAUGCGAAGAGUUCCCCUCAGAGUCGGAAGGACGAGCUUCCCGUGCCGACCGAUAGUUCGAGGCCACAAGACAGUGCAGUCAGCAGUGUGGUCGGCAUUGGUAGUGGCAUUGGAAUGAGUAGUAGCUACGGUCCUCAUACCCACGGCAAGUACGAGACGAAGAACUCGAUCGCAGACCCCAACCACAGUGGAAGCAACACCCCCCAUCCGCAUGAAGGGCACGACCAGGACCAGCAAGAACGGGCACAUCAUCAUCAUAACCCCUACCAUUAUUAUCCACCCCACGACCGUCCACAGCAUAGCCGCACGCGUCAUACCGGCACGCUCGAGAAGAAGGACAUCUUUGACGAAUUCCUCUCUUGCGAAUACACCGCAACGUGCAGCAAUGAGAAGAGCAGCCCCGUGAACGAUCCGGAUAAUUGCACUUGCGCAAUGAAGCACGAAUACAAAGGAACAGACGCCAAGUGUCUGAAGAGGGAAGAAGAUGAGGAGAGUUACAUCGCCGAGGAGAGAGGACACGUGGCAGAGGAUCAUCAGAACAGUCUCAAGGAUGCAGGUAGGAGCUGUUGCGAGAAGAGGAGACAAGCGCAUGAAAAUACUAAGAGGAAGAACGACGGGAAGGGGUUCUCCGAAAAUGUAGAGGAAGACAUAAAAGUUCGAAAAAUUAGGGAUGACGAGGAAAAUCGAAAUGAGAAAAGGAUCGACAAUGAGACAAGAAGCGAUAAUGAGGACGGGGACCUGCAGUCGAAUAAUAACCCACGUGAUAAAAAGGGAGACAAAAGAAGUCACAACACUUACGAAGAAGAGGAAGAGACUCAGGAACAUUUUCACGAAAGCCAUAGUGUAAACCUUGCCGAGGAGAAACAUGCAACAAAAGAAGCGCUCGAGUCAAAAGAAAAAAGCCAUAAAAAAAAAGAAUUCGAAAAGAAAAAUUUGUAUGAAAGUAAAAAAAGUAACCAAAAUGGAAAUAAUAAAAAGUCCAAAGGAUUAACAGCAGAAAAUAUUUUUUGUAUGAAUAUUUUACACAACAAUGUUAACACUUUUGAUGAGGACGAAGAGGAAGACGAGGAUGAUGAUGAAGAUGAUGAAGAGAAAAAUUUGAACAAGUGCCGAUGUAAUGGAAAUAGUUGUAUAUACACGACAGAAGAAAUUAAUUUCAAGUGUAAAUGUGAUGACUGCCCCUUUGCCAAUGGUUACAAAAAUUUAAUAUCAGUAGACGACCCAUAUAUUCAGUCUCACUUUGUGCAACCCAAUUUGGACAUCCUGGGCUCCUGGGGAAGCAAAUGCUUCCUCGAAAGUAUAGGACUCGAUAUUUACGUCAAAGGUUACAGUGUAGCAUUAAAAAAUGAAAAUAUAAAAAUCUGUGUAAAGUUAAGUAAAAAGAUACAAGAAGAAUUGUACGAUUUGAGUAAGAGUGAAAAAUACAAAAACAAUAAUUUAGUUUACCUGCUCAGAGAUAAGGGAAGUGAAUUAUUAUCAAACACUCCGUUAACCAUCGAAACUGAUGAGAACAGAGGAAUUGACAUUUGGACUUUGCCUAUAUCUCUGGCCAUUAGCAAAAAGAAUAGAUACCUUUUCUAUUUGGUACUAAAAGGAGGGGCCAAAAUUGAUAUUUGGGAUUACUUAGGAAAGUCGCCCUUGUACAUUGCGUGCGAACAUGAAUCGAAAGAGUUCGUGGAGGUGUUGCUUGAAGAGAGGAGGAAGCGGAAAAAGAAAAAUAACAUCAUCCAGUACAGCUAUAAGAGCUCUGUUACGAUGGACCGUGAAGGAUCCCUUGCGGAGGGAGCCAACAGUACUAGCGACGCACGGGUGAACGACGGGGGUCAGGCUACAUCCUCUUCGCCCGCUACGGAAAUGGAAAAAAAUGCACCAGAAGAAGGUUUCCCCGAAAAGGGCAACUCGAUAGAUAAGGCAAGCUCCCUGGAGAAGGAAAACUACUUUGAUAAAGGCAUCUCACUGGACAAGCAAAUCUCAAACGAUGCAGAGUUAACCACGUUGGAAGGAACAAAAAAAAAUAACGACAACUGCAACACGAUUUGUGUGAGUCCCUAUGGAAAUACAUGCGACAGUUAUUAUGUGACUUUCCCCAUAGACAUAGAAAAUGGAUACAUCCCUCUCAACAUCGCCAUUAAGAAAAAAAACUUUUCUAUUGUGAAUUCACUAGUAAAAAAUGGAGAAAACUUGAAUAUCAUUUGUCCGUUUGUGAGGGAUUACAAAUCCCCUUUGUACCUCGCCUGCGAAAAUAACAUAAGUGAAAUUAUACAGCUACUACUAGAAAAUAAGGCCAACCCAAACUGGUGUUACCAUAACAAAUUCACCCCCAUUUUGCUUGCUUACAAUUUAAACAAGGCUUGGGUAAAUCAUUUUAUUGAUGCCGGGGCAGGAGAGAAACCUUGUGAUAGACAUAUUUUAACUGAAGUUUUAUCAUGCGCAAUUUUUAAAAAUGAUUUGUCAACUGUGCAAUUGUUGUUGAAGAAAUACCCUCAGCUGUUACAGAAGGAACAUAAUUUAUGGUCCUUGCCAUUUAUCCAGGCUUCCAAGUUGGAAAGAUUAAACAUAUUGAAAUAUUUGCACACAUUAAAGAAAGAAAUUAUUAAUCAACUGGAUUCAAAUAAUGUUUUGUCUCCAAUUCAUGCUGCUGCAGAAGAGGGGAACUUGGAGAUUUUAAAAUUUCUACUUGAAAAUAAUGUAAAUAUAAACCUAACAAAUAAAUACCACCAAAAUGCUUUGCAUAUCGCUUGUCUAGAAAAUCAGGAAAAGGUUGUUCAACUUUUAUUAACACAUAAUAUAGAUGUAAAUUGUAAGGACAAUAUCAAUGGGGAGUGUCCCCUAAUGAUUUGCAUCAGGACAAGGAAUGAAACCCUAGCACAUCAUAUUCUUAAUGAAGGGAAAAAUAUUAAUUAUAACCUUACCAAUAUACACGGAGAAACUUCCCUAAUUUACUCCAUCUUUUACGGCCUGUACGACAUUGCUGAUGUUCUAAUGACCAGAGGAGCGGAUGUUUCAGUCAGGGACAUCAAUGGGGAUAAGUCCUACAACGUCGCAUGCGAGAGAGUGCUUUCCCACAGGACUUGCAAAAAAGUACUAAAGAAAUUUCUCAAGCUGUACAGGUCACAAAAUAAGAACUUCCUUCCCAAGAAAAAUAAAAUUAACAAAAAAAAUAAAUUUUACCAGUCGUACCAGAGCAUCAACCAGAGCUUCCUCAGUAUCUUCCGCAUCAACAAGGAGAAAAAGAAGAAGAAGCCCCAGCCUCCAUAUGCGCUUGAAAAUGAAGACAGCGUCGUUCCCUAG